UGAUCAAAUGACAUCCAAACCCAUCAACUGAAAAAGAUGAACAAAUCCUUAGCCCUUUCGUUUCUAUUUCUCACCAUCUUCCUCAACACUCGUCCCGCUGAUGCCAAUGUGCGUUUCGACUUGUCCAGUGCCACAAGCUCAUCUUACAAAACUUUUAUAAAAAAUUUGAGGGAAGCACUUCCAAAGGAUGGGAAAGUGUAUGACAUUCCUGUGUUACUUUCGACUGUAAUGGACUCGAGGCGCUUCAUACUAAUAGAUCUCGUCAAUUACGACGGUCAAUCCAUCACAGCUGCCAUAGAUGUGCUAAACGUAUAUAUCGUAGCAUACAGCACAGGCACAGUGUCCUACUUUUUUCAGCAAGUUCCAGCUCAAGCUCCCAAAUUGCUGUUCAAAGGCACUCAGCAAAGGACACUUCCAUACACAGGUAAUUACGAGAACCUUCAAACUGCUGCAAAAAAGCUAAGAGAAAACAUCGAGCUUGGACUCCCAGCUCUAGACAGUGCCAUUACCACCUUGUUUCAUUACAACGCCGAGGCUGCUGCUUCAGCGCUGCUCGUUCUCAUUCAAACGACCUCUGAAGCUGCAAGGUUUAGAUAUAUCGAGCUACAGAUUGCUAACAAUGUUGGGACGAAAUUUAAGCCAAGUCAAACGAUCAUAAGCUUGGAAAACAACUGGUCUGCGCUCUCCAAACAAAUCCAAAUUGCCAAGAACAAAAAUGGGCAAUUUGAAACUCCAGUUAUCCUUAUAGACCCUCAAGGAAAUCGUGUUCAAAUAACAAACGUGACUUCGAACGUUGUGACCCAGAACAUCAAGCUGCUGCUGAACAUUGGUGCAACAGUUGAUACAAUGGCCGCCAACGACGAUGUGGAUGAGAUGACGAGCGGUGUUCCCAUAAGGCUAUCAAGCUGUGGCCAUGAGAUGGAAAGGAAGUCAGUGGAGAAUGGCCGGCAUGCAAAUUAUGUAUCGGUGUAACUUUUGAAGUUACAGGUAUAGUGGGUAUUAAGACUUUAGUAGUCCACCCACAGAAAUAAGGCAUGUGUUCAUUGUGUUUAUGUGUUUUAUUUCUUAAAUGCUAAAUAAAAUGGAACGAUGAAGUCCCUAUGACCGA